AGUGAUUCAGGUAUUUACUUGAUUCAAAAAGGACACUUGUGCUUUAAGUGGCUUCUUGGCCCUUGGGCACUCUGAACACCCACGUCAGCACAGCCUUUUUUUUCCCCUCUCAACAAGCGGGUUUCGGUCUUUAGGGCUGAGCAGGAAGUGGAUGUUUACCCAGAUCGGUAAAGCCACGACAAUAUAGCUAAAGUGUCCAGAAAUGGAGAUGGUUUGUGAAAUUGGGACAAACAGACCAUCAGGCGAGCCAGGUCGCCAGUAUCCACAGAGGUGGUCCAGAGUAGACAUAACGACAAGCCAUCAGAGCAGCCUGCUGAAGCAGCUGGACCAACAGCGUCGACAGGAGCUCUUUUGUGACUGCAAUGUGCUGGUAGAGGGCCACCUUUUCAAGUCUCAUCGCAAUGUGCUCUUUGGUAGCAGUGGCUAUUUCCGUAUGUUGCUCUCACAGGGAGCUAAGCACUGCACUGAGCCAGCCAGCGCCUCGUUCGACGUCUUCAGCCCCGAGACCUUCACUGUCAUCCUGGACUUUGUCUACUCUGGACUUUUGGAGCUCUCCAGCAGUAAUGUCAUCGAAGUGAUGUCAGCUGCCAGCUACCUACAGAUGAACGACGUCAUCGCCUACUGUAAGGACUUCAUCAAAUCCUCACUGGAGAUCAGCGCCAAGGAAGAUGACGACCGCUACCUCUGCUUGUCAGAUAGUAGCAUGGGCCAUGAGCGCGGUGGUGAUGUGGAGCAGACUGGACCUUGUUCCCUUAACGCUCAGCCCACAAUUUGGGCCGAGGAUGACAUACAGUCCAAGGAAUACCAGGUUGACAUCAGCCCAGAUGUAACCCUACUGCCGCCGAGCCCAGCCCAGCAGCCGAUUAUGGUGGAAACAGAGCUGGAACCAGACCAAGAUAUGCAACACCAGUUUACCACCCUUGUCCCAGAGCGCAGAAGGAGGGGUGCACCCAAGAGGAAAGCCAGCGCAGGGCGCUCAACUGCCAGUGACGAAUCCCCAAUUGACCUCCAGGUGGCAGCCUCACACAGUGCACAGAAAGCAGAUGAACUCUAUGCCACGCUACCUACCAUUGUUGGAGUUGUAGGAGUCUUCAGUAAAGACUCGAACCCUUCCAUGCGUUUCAAGUGCCCCUUUUGCACGCACACGGUGAAAAGGAAGGCUGACCUGAAGAGGCAUCUCCGUUGUCAUACGGGCGAACGUCCUUACCCUUGCCAGGCGUGUAACAAGCGUUUUACUCGGCUCGAGCAUCUGCGCAGCCAUUUUGAGACGAUCCAUCAGGCGCGUAAGCUGGUGUGCCGUAAGUGCAAGCGCCAUGUGACGGACCUGAGCGGGCGUGUGGUGUGUGAGGGCUCGCGGCGCUAUCGGCUGUGCAGCAUCUGCAUCCAGGAAACUGGCUACAGUGGCAUGACUCUGGAGGAUGAGGAGGUGGGGCAGCAGCAGCAUGCAGCCACAGAUGAACCAGGGCUGCUUUUGGGGGUGGACGAGGCAGAGGGGGAGAGCCAAGACCCCAGCUGGGUCAUCACGGAUGAUGACGACCUGGCCGAGGACUCUGGCGCCGACCUGAUCAUCCAGGAGGUGGACGACAGUGAUGAAGAGCUGGACGAAAAACAGGACUGAUUGUAUGCCUAUGUGAUGCUGAAAUUCCGCCGCUGAAGAUGAGCGAAAGAACAGUGUGGUCAUGCAUCUGUGUGGGGCCAUACGAUUUUGAAUGUGAUGAGCUGCUGGGGGAGAGAUGUAUGUAGUUGAAAAUGCAUGUCAUGGGACCUGAUAAUUGCAAAGACAUAAAUAAUAUGUUGAAGAGCAAAGAUGCAAUUUCGAUAACGGGUGAAGCCCUUAUUAUUUUGGUAAACAAGAUUUAAAUUAUUUUAUAAUCAUAACUUUACAGUUGGAUUGACCACUUUUGAAUCUGUUGUUGCAAAACAUCAACAACAACAUCAACAUUUUGUUUUAGGAAUAUCUGAAACGCACAUAUCACAGACUAUCGAUAGAUUAGCAUACAGCCUACAAUUAUUGCAUGCAUGUCUUCCUUGAUCGAAGCCAAACGUUUCUUAAUGUACUCGGUUUCCUCUGUUUCUGAGGAGAGACAUUAAAAAGCUCACCCAAAUGUAAUGGCCUUGUGCAAAAUGGUGAAAAAAUUAAAAUGACGGGUAGUUUUGGUUAUUAGGGUGCAUUAAACUGUCCUCUAUAGAUAGCUGCCUGAGUUUUAUACAUAGUUUCCACUUCUUCAACUAGGCCAAGUAAAAUUAUUGUUGUUUCUGCUGAUAAUUAUGUUUAUUUAUUAUCUUUGAAGUCAUAUACUUUUAUAUGCAAUAAAAUAUUUUUAUACUCUGCA